UAUGCAAAAGUGUGUGCUCCUCGCUGAAGCCUACUAGCUCAGAAACAGAUACGCCCCCUGACCAAGUGGAUGUCAACUACGUCCGUUCACUCGGUAACGGUACACAAGCUAUGGUUCAUGUCCAAACUUCUCAGACGGAUAUGAGUCAGAUGAGAUAAUUGAGUGAAUAAAUCUAUUGUUCUAAAUAAUACAAAGUCAGAACGAUUAAUUGAUUCGCUUGUUUAUCUCAUCCGACUGUAUCCAUUUGAGAAGUUUGAACAUGAACCGUAGCUUGUGUACCGUUACCGAGUGAACGGACGUAAUUGACAUACACUUUGUCAGGGGGCACAUCUGUUUCUGAGCUAGUAGACUUGCGAUGGCCCGAUGACCGCUCUCACGUUUCUCUCUGGUAGCUUACGACGUAGUCUCUUGUGGACCGUUCCUUGACUUCUCUGUGAUACUUGUGUCGAAAGAUUUUGUCAGAUUGUCGAUUUUUAUAUACGAGAGUUACGCGAACAUUCCUCGAAAUUAUCGGAAUAGGAAUCCCACCAGGCACACAUUAACUGCAGCUUACUGAAGGACGAGAAAUACAAUGAGCAAUUCUCAGGAGAGCUUUACUUGUUGGACCUGCAAAGUCAAGUUCACAGAUUUGGCGAUAUUCAGAAGUCAUUAUCGUUCCGAAUGGCAUAGGUACAAUCUUCAUUUAACGACGAAUGGAUUGCAUUCGAUGAGUCUCGAGGACUUCCUGACGAAGUCCGCCAAUAGCUUGGAUGAUAAAAAUAAACAGAGCUGUGAGGUUUGCCAGAAGGAGUUUAAGGAUCAGAAACAGUACGAGCAUCAUAUGUCCUCGAAGACUCAUAAAAAGAGGCAAGAGAAAAAGCUUGCUUUCAGCAAUAUUCAGAGAGAUACAGACGAGAAGGAAAGCGACACAGAUUCGGAACCACCACCUUUGGAAUCUUUCUCGUAUAACAAGUUUAAGUGCUACGAUUGCCUAUUCUGUUACUAUCGUGUUACUAUGGAUUUAGAGUCUAUUAUGAAGCACAUGGUGGAGAUGCAUUCGUUUUUCGUACCUGAUCUUGAGUACUGCGUGGAUCUAGGGGGCCUUCUCGAGUAUUUGGCAGAGAAAAUAUGUACCGAAUUCCAGUGUAUUUGGUGCAAUGAGUCAGGAAGGAGAAUGCAGAGCAGAGAAGCGGUGAAGAUGCACAUGAUCGAGAAGGGCCACUGCAAGAUGUUGUUCGAAGGAGAGACAAUGCUCGAGUAUUCGUCUUUCUAUGAUUACUCGUCCAGUUAUCCGGACGCCGAGGAUGCCGAUCCGGAUGAAGAUUUACCGGAAUCGCCAGAGACUUUAGACGACGAGGUUUAUGUGAUGAAGCUACCGUCUGGCAAGUCGAUCGUCCAUCGUUCCUUGGCACUUUAUUACAAACAGAACGUACCCGUGGAAACCACAUUGACGAUAAAGAACCAUAAUUAUUGGCUGCGCAAGCAGGCGUUGAAACAGAUAUCGCUUGGUAACGAGACUAGACAGCUGGAAAUCGCCCAGAAGACAACGCGAGACGUUCGGAAGUUACAGCAAAUUCAAGCCAAGUACUCAACGCAGCUACAAGUCAAACAGAACAAACUGCAGAAGCAUUUCAGGCCGCAAACGAACUUUUAACCAUACUUGUAUUCUAGUUCGUUAAUAAAAUAUAUAAUUUUUUAACACAU